UUUGUGUACGGACGAAUUACGGAGCCCGUUAUGUCUGUGGAACAAUAAAGAAGACGCUACCGGUGGCACGUGACACCACAGAGGCUUUGUCUGCAAACAUUCAUAUAUUAAGUAUACCAUGUAAACUGGCAGACACAAGAUUAAUAAAUAAUUAAUGAUAAAGGACUACAGGAAGACGCGUGCUGUUGAAAGUUUCAUCGAUCUGCGCGCUCUCGCCGCGUGAUGCUGAGUUGAGUUCGCGGGGGUCUCGCGGAACGACGCGAAUACUCCGUAACGGUCUCUCAGUGGAUGUACUUUAAUUUUUUUUGUCGUGAGCGGAGUUCAUUUCGUAGCUGUUGUCUGAAAUGUGAGCCCGUUACCGGAUUCCGAGGCUGUGUAAAGCACAGUAAUGACAGCUCGGUUCGUGUUGGAGGAGGGGUCAGCGUCUCAUUUCUAAGGACAUUACAGUGCUGAAUUCACAGUGCAGCCCACAGAUGCAUUAGAAAACUAACUUCAUCACCAGAAGGCUUGGAGACGAAGCACUCCUGUUCAUGGAGGGACGCUGGACCCUGCUGCCGUUUCUGGGGGCGCUCCUGGUGCUCUUUGGCUUCAUUUCAGGCCAAGGCAUAUACACCAACACAUGGGCCGUCCACAUUGAAGGGGGAGCCGAGGAGGCUGAGAGGAUUGCACACAAACAUGGUUUCAUCAGUCACGGGCAGGUUUUCGGGGAUUAUUAUCAUUUCCAGCACAGGGGUGUGGUGAGGAGGUCUUUGUCUGGCCAUCGCGGGGUUCAUGUCCGACUGCACACCGAGCCACAGGUGAUUUGGGCAGAGCAGCAGAUUGCCAAGCGAAGACACAAGAGAGACAUUCAUAUUGAACCCACCGAUCCAAAGUUCCCCCAGCAGUGGUACCUGUACAACCCCAGUCAUGGAGACCUGAAUGUGAAGGAGGCUUGGGCCCAGGGCUUCACAGGAAAAGGAGUAGUCGUGACCAUUCUAGAUGACGGCGUUGAGAAAGAUCACCCCGAUCUAGCGAGAAACUAUGAUCCUGAUGCCAGUUAUGAUGUGAAUGACAGAGAUCCGGACCCUCAGCCCAGAUACACACAGCUGAAUGACAACAGACACGGGACACGUUGUGCCGGGGAGGUGGCGGCAGCAGCAAACAAUGGCGUCUGUGGAGUGGGCGUGGCCUACAAUGCCAAAAUCGGAGGUGUGCGGAUGUUGGACGGAGAGGUAACAGAUGUUGUGGAGGCUCAGUCUUUGAGCUUGAACUCCCAGCACAUCCACAUUUACAGCGCCAGCUGGGGCCCAGAGGAUGAUGGGAAGACUGUGGAUGGCCCUGCCAAACUGGCCAAAGAAGCUUUCCUGCAGGGCGUUACUGAGGGUCGAGGUGGCCUGGGCUCUAUCUUCGUGUGGGCAUCGGGUAACGGAGGACGAGAGCGGGACAGCUGCAACUGUGACGGAUACACUAACAGUAUCUACACGCUGUCCAUCAGCAGCACCACACAGUAUGGCAAUGUGCCGUGGUACAGCGAGGCCUGUUCCUCCACCCUCGCCACCACCUAUAGCAGCGGAAACCUCAACGAGAAACAGAUUGUGACGACGGACCUGAGGAAGAAGUGCACAGACUCACACACGGGCACGUCCGCCUCGGCUCCCCUGGCCGCGGGAAUCAUCGCUCUCGCUCUGGAGGCCAACAUGAACCUGACCUGGAGGGACAUGCAGCAUCUCGUUGUACGAACCUCACGUCCCGCCCACCUGAUAACCAACGACUGGAGGACCAAUGGCGUGGGGCGAUUAGUGAGCCAUUCUUACGGCUACGGUCUGUUGGAUGCUAGUGCCAUGGUCGCUUUGGCCCAGAACUGGAGCAGCGUGGGGCCGCAGCACAAAUGUGUCAUUAAUAUGCUGACCGAGCCCAGGGACAUAAGAAACCAGCUGAUCUUCAGCAGAAGUCUAGAUGCCUGCUCUGGGCAGCCGGAUUUUGUGAGCUCUUUGGAGCAUGUGCAGGCCAGACUCACCCUCACCUAUAACCACAGAGGAAACCUGGCUGUUCACCUCAUCAGCCCAGUGGGAACUCGCUCCACGCUGCUGGCUCCACGACCUCAGGAUAACUCAGCCGAAGGGUUCAACGACUGGGCAUUCAUGACAACUCACUCCUGGGACGAAGACCCUCGGGGAGAAUGGACGCUGGAGAUUGAGAAUGUGGCUGGACUUAAUGAUUAUGGCGUUCUUUCUAUGUUCACCCUCAUCUUAUACGGCACCGGCUCCAGUGCCACAGAUCCGUCCAUAUCUGAUUACACCCGGCCUUCAAACAACAGCUGCAAAACCUUUGACACCCAGCAGAUCUGCAUCGAAUGCAGCACUGGUUUCUUGCUGUUCUUGCAAGGCUGCGUGAAGUCCUGCCCUCCCGGCUUCAGCUCGGGGCUGCAGUAUCUCAACUUGUCGUUGGACAACUGGGUGGAGCACUCUACCGUACAGGCGUGCCUGCCCUGCCACCCAUCCUGCCUGACGUGUUUCGGGUCCGAGGAGAACGAAUGUCUUUCCUGUCCCUCCCACAGUCACUUAGUAGUCACUUCUUGUUUGCACCAGAACCAGCGACAAUCGGCCAGCAUUCCUGUGCUCCAGCACGAGGUGGAUCCGAUCUCGGAUAAAUCCUUGAACGAACCUGGCUUUUCCUCGAGACUGCCGGCGCUGGUGGCGGUGCUCAGCUGUGCCUUCAUCCUGGCUACAUUCGCAGCUGUUUUUAUGCUGCUUCAGCUGCACUCCGGAGCAGCCAGUGCCCCGUUCUGCCGGAGGAAGAAACUGCCGGUGAUGGACACGGGCGGAGGAGGGAUACGAGUAGGCUUUGGGUUCGGACUCGGCCGGGGGAAAGUGUCAUACCGGGGGAUUCCCACUGUGUGGGGGGACGAGGAUACGGCGGGAGGAAUGAACUCUGAGUCAGACAGCGAAGAGCUGGAGUAUCACAGCGAAAAGACUGCUUUUAUACGGACUCAGAGCACUCUUUAGCGCCCCACGUAGAUGUUUUUUUAACAUCUGUCUUCCUUGUACUGGGAUACAGAACUAGUCUGCACUACUCAGACUUAUAGAUCCACUGCUAUGUUUGUGUGUGUGUGUGUGUGAGAGAGAGAGAGAAUGCCUUAAUGAGCUAUAAUAGUGCAGUUGCAGUUUGACGAGUUUGACCCGAAUGCGAUUAUAUUAAGGACAUCUCUGCGGCACUGAAUGACUCUUCCCUUUAUUUUCACUUUUAUUUGUCUUAGUGGUCUAGCUCUAAUGCCCUGAGAUUUGAACCACUAAACACGAUCAAUACCAUCAGUGUGUGUGUGUGUGUGUGUGUGCGAGCUCCAGCUGAGUGCGUGAAGGCUUUGAGUAACUUUGAGUGACUUUGUAACACAACAAAAGGGCUGUAAUUUGUUCCAGUCAACUUUUAUUAAAAGUUCGGACUGUUUUAUGCACAAAAC